AUGACAACAAGUCUUCUGCGGCUUUAUUUGUAUUUCUGUGGAAUUGUAAUAACACUUUUAUUCGUCAUUGGGACAAUAUACAGAUAUCCUGUGAAAUACCUCUUAUUUUACUACAUUUAUCAUGGUUAUCUUAUGUUUCCGAUUUGUGUGAAUUUCUUCGAGAGUCAUGACAUCAGAUUGACACUCACUACUGUGGCUUUCAUCUUGAACCGCCGAGGGUUAUUGAUUGGGUUAUAUUCGGCUAUAAUGAUAUGUCCCUUUAACAACAGUUACUUAGAGUUUGCAAGUACUCGCGAAUUUCUCAUGUUGAGCACAGUUGCAGGUACUGCAUUCGUUACCUUGUUCCUUUUCAUCGGACCGCAACGACUACCCUGUGUUACAGGUCGACUGAUCAGGAAUCAAACCUUGAUGAAGUUCCUAUGUUUUUGUCGGUUACCUUUAUCAAUCUUGAUCGGAUUAAUUUCUGGCUUUAUUGUUGCAAGGUCCUUCUGGAGACUAGAAGGACUCUGUUUCUGGGAGCAUGCAUCUAUAGAACUUUCAGUAGCGUCACCUAGUCAUGAAAUUAAAGAUGCGGAAACUUUAGCGAAGCUCACAGCCUGUACCCGAAGUAAUGACAGAAUUAUCACUAGUAUUUUUGCAAUUUUCGUGGUUGACUUCCCACUUAUCAUUUUGGACACAAACUACGUCAGAAAUGUUACUAAAUCAGCUAUUAAAAAGGACAGAUCACUGGGAUCAGUACCUCAAAUAGCACUGUUGAUCGUUUGGACCUAUUAUCACAUAAAAGUAGCAUAUCAAGCUCAUACUACACCACGUAUAGCAAUUUAUUUUUUUAUCAUAACAUUUCCUGCAUACGUGGGCUUAACCUUCUACCAGGAAUUGUUUUGCAGCAAUUCAGACGGCAGUAAAACACAAUUUGUGAACCCCUUUAACAGUUUCAUGACAAUUGCGCUUAUUGGAAACGGUGAAAUCAACACAAAAAUGAUACAAACUGCGCUGAACAAGAAAUAUCCCUUUCUGAAAAUGAAGAUCCUGGAUUUUGCAGGUGACGAAGAAUAUUAUGCUUAUCAUCACAUGUUUCUAAAGAACCAGGCUGUUUAUGUCGUUGUAUUCAACAUGUCUGAUUUUGCACUAGAGGAAUUUCAGAAUUUAAAGGCCGAGAGGCUUCUCGUUUGGUUUGAGUCUGUCUGUGGUCAUGUACAACCAAAAACACCAAUCUUCCUUGUUGGAACACAUUGUGAACACAUAGACAAGAACCACAUGCAAAACUUUAAUAGCAAGUUAAAACAAAUUCUUUGGACAUCCUACUGUGAUGAGCUGGUUGUUAACGAAGAUGAAGAUCUGAUCUUCUUUCCAGUUGAGAACUCAAAGGGGGAUAAUGAUGUUGGAGUUCAAAUGCUUCGAAUCAAAAUCAUGGCUGCUGCUGAGGAAUGCAAGCCAACUACAGAUGACAAAAUUCCUUUGUCAUGGAUAAGAAUACAAGAUGCGAUCAUCCAGUUAAGGUAAAGGAAGGUUGCCAGAUACUGUGUCACACUGAGAGAGUUUCCAUGGGCAUUUGGUAACAUAAUUCACACCAACCGGUCUGAAGAAACCUUGAAGUACUUCCACGAACAAGGCCUGAUAAUAUACAUUGCCAAAGAUAAAGACCUGUCCGACUGGGUUCUACUCAAACCAGAAAUUCUGGUGGAUAUCAUUACCAAGCUGGUCACGUCAUCCCCUCAAAUGACCCAGACGAGAGGAUUGAGGAGUGACUGGAGACUUCUCCAGGAAAAGGGACUGCUAACAAAACCACUCCUAAUCAGCAUCAUUUCCAACGUAAAGGAAAAUGAAGAAGCCAUGAGUGCAUUUCUUGAAAAGUACGAUUUGAUCUGCCCAUUAACCAACACCAAAGUCAAAAUUGUUACCUUACGAGACAAAGAGAGGCUCCAGCCAACUCACUUUGUUCCAUCCUUGUUACCGAAGUCUCAAGAUGUAUGCAACCCAGCAUGGUAUGAUGACAAGAGAGAUAAAAAGUUCUUGGUGUUUUUCGAGAGGUUCCUACCAGAACCCUUGUUCCAUCGCCUGUUGUCUCGUGCCCACAAGAAAAGUAAGGUGGAGUUUGCCAAUGGUGCAACUGUUGUGUUCAGAGAUGUUGGAAAGUUCUGGAUGAGUUCUCGGCAGCCCUACAGGCUUAAGCUGAUGAAGAAAGAGGGUGUUAUUGAAGUUACAUUCAGUACCAGCAAUAGUCGUGGAAAGAAGCCUUCUGAUGUCUUGUGCGAAGUGUACUCCAUGGUAGAGGGGAUUUGCAAGAGGAGUUUCCCCUUUGUAAAGUUUCACUGUGGACCUGCGUGCCCCUCCACCGAAUGCCCUGGUUACCUAGACAACUACAUGCACACACCAGAUCGUCAUUACCGACGACAUGUGUUCAAUAUCAUGCCUGGCCGUCAAGUAGAUAAGACUGCCUUUUUGUACUGUGUCAACAAAAGUUUUGAAGAUGAGCUGAAGGACUGGAUAAUACCAUAGCUGAAUGAGUUACCUUAACUUGAAAAGUUUCCAGGCAGAAUGGAGAUUCCCUGAAGCAGACAAAAUUGGUUGGCUUUUGUGAAGAGCCAGAACUGUAUGCUGAACUGGUAUUUCCAGUUAGGGAGAUAAUACACUAUUAAUGUUACAAGUCAUUAUAAUAUGAGAUUUACACAUCUCUUGACAUAAAUUUGUGUUUAUUAAGUUAGUAACAUGCUGUCAGGUAUAAACUAAGUUCAAAUUUUUUCAAAAUUUCAACAGAAAGAACUAUGGUGAGGAGACAUAUUCACAGUAUCAAAAUCUUAAACUGAACUUAUAGUGGAGUGAUGAUAAACAAGUAAAAUAAAAAUGAAUCAUAUCAUAGUAAUAAUUUCGCCUGUUACACAUGUACACUCAUUUUCUUGCACUUAAAAUUACUAAUAUAAAGUCUUAUAAUCCCAAAGAAAAGACUUGAAGUUUUGGCCAGCCACUGCUGUUGUAAGCUACUGUUCCUCUUUAUCUAUUUCAAUCUAUAAUUUUGAGGAAGGCUGUAAUUUCCAAAUUUUGUAGGAUGUGUUUGAUGGUAUUCUCUAAAAAAAACAUCAGUGAUAUUUAGAGUUACUAUGAUAUAAUUAUCUUUAAUUUAAAAUUUCUGUGUCUCAUGUUAAUAAUUUUUCCAGGCGUGGGGUGUAUUUAUCUAAGUAUAGAUGGUGAUACAUUGGUUUUGUAUUUUUCUAAAAACUUUACAGGCUGUAAAGAUGUUAUGGUUACAAGUUAGAGAAACUUACACUUUUGCUUAUAGUUACACUUACUGCUGAUUCCUAAAAUAUCUAGAAAUUAGUACAGUACCUUAGAAAUGGCCUUCCUGGAAACCUGGAGACCAAAAUGAAAAGAGUUAUUGAUUCAGUUGAUUGCUGAAAUUUACAAAAGUAAGGUUACGUAUAAUCAACCUGGUUCUCACAGAAUGAGUCUUAUGCUUAGGCACAAACUUAGCUGAUAGAUUAGACCUUACAGAUUUCUUUAUACUUACACUGAUACAAUAUUAGCCUGCAGAGCAGGCGUAAUUUUGGCAAGCAAGUGCUGGGUAUUUUCUUAAAAAAAAUUAUGGCUGCCAUCCUUUAUUUAAAUGGUAGUGGAAGGCUGGGGAAAGAAAAAAAUUUGACCAAGGGGACAGUCUCACCCUUCCCCUGUCCCCUACUCCCACCGUCCACUCUAAUUCCAAAUCAAACAUGGUUGGCUGGAUAAACAAUCAUGAGCUUAUCAUGUUAGUUCAACCUUAUAAGAUGUCUGUAGUGCAUGCUACAGUGUAUGCUACAGUGAGGAACCAUAUUAUCAAACAAUAUGACAGUUGUCUAUGAUAAUGUACACUAUGAUCUUUCUAAUGUUUCUAAGAUUCAUCAGGAAGUGUUUCUCUUGAGACAGAUGACUGAAUUAUAUGUUUUUGUAUUUAAUAAAUCAGCCUUAGUUUGUGAACAUUUCAAAA